ACAACCAGCCCCAAGACACAACCGUAGCCGCGACAUGGCUGUCCCUUAAGGCCGUGGUACGGGGAGUACUGAUUAGGGCAGGAGCGACACUUAAACGCAAACUAGCGGAGACCAGCAGCGCACGGCUCAGGGAUCUGAAACUUGCAGAGGACCUGCAAAAAUCCUCACCCGCUGACGUGACCAGACGGGAAGUUAAUAAGAUCAGAGCUGACUUAGAAACUCACCAACUCCAGCGAGUGGAGAGGGCUCUCCGCAAACUCAAAA